AUGAGUAGCAGGGUCAUGGCAUCCAGUGAUCGCAUCUCUCAAAUCCUUCCUACUGUCAAAUGCUCGGAUUGUGGUGAGGACGUGCAGAUCCGCAAACUUGGCGAGCACGUUUGUUCCAAUAUGCCUGCUGUUCCACCUUUGCCAAUGCUUCCUCUACGCCAAGAUAAAGGCAUGAAUCGAAUGGCACCGUCAUCAAAAUCCCCUACAUCCUCAUCAGCAAGUGGAAGCCCCUUGGCAAGUCCCAAAGGUAGUCAGCAUUCAUAUGACAGAAACUAUCAUCCGGAACCCGUGACACCUCCAUAUUAUGGAAUGGCGCCAGAUCGCCGACGUCCUUCUCUCAGGGAUCAACAACAACAACAACAAUCAUAUCGUGGUUACGGCUCAUCUUCUCCACCACCACCUUUACGUGAAGAUAGUCUACGCAGCGACGAUGAUCCUUAUUACCGUAGCAGCCCAAAAACUCCCACUUUCAAGUAUUCCGAUCAAUAUCCCAGACCGUAUCCUAGCAACAGUACCAGCCCUGCACCUCCUUCUUCCAAUGAUAGAGGAAUGGGUGGCUCCCCUAGAACAGCAUAUGCUCCACGUAAUGAUUAUGAUUAUGAUAGAGGAUACUCUCCUUUGGACAAGUACAGCAAUGGCAGCAGUGAUCGACUUGGCAACGGCGGCAGUGCUGGUGGUGGUGUUAGUGGCGGCAAUGGUUCAUUGGAUACAUUGAUGGCUGACCUGAUGAGCAGUCUGGGUAGUGAUAUCCACGACACUGACCGACGACCUUCAGCUUCAUCACGCCAUGCUAGUGACGCUUGUGCAGCUUGUGGAGAUGAAUUUGAUUAUCGUGACGAUGUGGUCAAUCACCAUAACCAGUACUAUCACAAGACGUGCUUCAAUUGCCAAAUGUGCCGUGCUACGUUUGAUCGUUCUCGACCCUGUUAUGAAUACAAUGGCAAACUUUAUUGCGAACGCGAUUACAAUGUCGUCAAGAAACGAAUCGUGUGCUCUGGAUGCGACCGACCUAUCACCUCCAAUGUGAAUGCCAUCAAGGUCAUGGGAAGAUACUACCAUCCUGGUCAUGUAAAAUGCUAUCAUUGCUAUGAACCUCUGGACGAAAGGACAGGAUACAAGGAACAUCAAGGUCAUUUGUAUUGCCGUUCUGAUUUCAAGAGCUUAUUCCUACCCAUGUGCCGUGCCUGUAAUCGCCCGGUUGAGCGAGAAGCUGUUUCUGCCAUGGAUGGCAAAUUGCAAGGCAAAUGGCAUCUUGAAUGCUUUGGAUGUCAUAUUUGCCAUGAAGAAUUCCCUGAUAAUACCUUUUACGUCUUUGAAAAUGCGCCCUAUUGCAAACGACACUACCAUCAACUCAACAACUCCUUGUGCCGGACAUGUGAUGAUCCAAUUGAAGGCCCAUGUGCACAGACCAUUGAAGGUUGGAGGUUCCAUCCAGAAUGUUUCCGAUGCAAUGUAUGCCGAUGUGCCAUUACCGAUGUUUACUACAUGUUUGAACGUCGUAUCUAUUGCGAGACCCACAUUCGACAACUCCAAAGACAACGCAACAUUAGAGCCGAGAAAAGAAGAACCCAAUUCGGUCGUAUCUAG